AUGCGCUACUUUUCGUUUGCUGUCACCUUGUGUGGCCUUAUUGCGUCCAGUACAUCGUUCGAUGUAUCACCGCAGGAUAUACUCGAUUCAAAUACACCUAAUAUCCUGACUGAGGCACCUGUCGAUCCUUGCUCAUUGGUCGACUCGCCAGCGGCAAAUGCAAGCGUCCAGCUCAGUAGUUGGCUAGAAUGCGCGGUCAACGGCUUCUACCCGUAUCCUGCGAACACGGAUUGGCCUAAAGGUCAUGCUACAUCGUUCUCAAAAGACAUCAGAUUUACAUUCAACGACACGCAUUACGACUUCGAUGGCUCCCUCAGACUAUAUACGACUUUCAACGCAACUCUCGGCGUAGCAUUCGCACCCUUCAAGCACGGUUUUAUCAACAGCCUUGGCAUACCCAACAUAAAUGGCGAUAAGGGCGGCUUCGUCUACAUGAUUGGCUGGGCGGGGGGGUUCCAGACCCGUGUCCAGCGCGAUCUGUACUUCACCAAUGCAGCGUUCGCUGUGGUCAAAGAAGAGCAAGGGGAAAGGAAGAUAGUUGAGUUCCGAGAAAGCAGCAACAUCCCGAACACGGCGCAUCUGCCUGAGGCUGUCGAGUGGGCAUGCUCUUUCGAUUAG